AUGGAAGUUGAAGACGUAGUGCCAAUGUCUGCUCAUAUGGUUAACAAACUACUCGUCUGUGGAAUUUUAAGUCUUUUUUGCACGCUCUUUUUGGUCUACGUUAUCAACAGCACUGUUGAACCUUAUAUCUACAAUUUCGCCGACCGGCUUUUGAUCGCCUCUCCAGUUCGCGAUAAAGAUGAGUUUCGCUUAGCAGAAGUAAACACACUAAUUGUCGUGCUUUUUGUACUCAAAAUGUACGGCAAACCCGACCCUUUUACGACUUUCCCAUCAAACGAUUUGAACUCACCAGCAACAGGAGCAGCAGUUGUUUUGCCAAAGGCUUUGGCAGAAAACCUGGGGAACACUGACCUGCGAACAGUCUGUGCAUCAUCGAACCUCAUGCAAUCUAAAGUUGAUCUUGUUGCCAGGGCUGCAAUGGAACUCAGACAUGGCGUUCUUGAUGUACAUCCGCCUGUGGUCAUCCAUAUAGGCAUGUACUCUCAAAAUCGUGGUUAUCUCCACGACCCCCUUCUCUUUCCCCAUUAA